CUAGAACCAUUGUUUCCACUGGUUGCAUUAAAUCAUGAGCAGAUCAAAAAAUCCACCACAGCUGGAUAUUUGUUGGCAGACAAGAACAAGUUUGGUGAAAUAGCCAACCGGCUUCUGAACAUCAAAGACUCCACCCUGGCAGACAUUAUUCAACGGCUAAGCACA